AUGGAUUGCAGCAAAGUACUGUCUGAUGUCGAGCAGGAAGAUGAGCCCCGUGGGUCAGAAGGCACUCUGAAGGAACGAACGGUGGCCCUGACAGGGGAUUCCAGCUUCAAGUUCAGCAACUGCCUGGGCAGCCAGGGGACGCAGUAUGAGACCAGCAGCCUGGACUUCCGUGUGGGGGCCGACGGCACGAUCUUUGCGGCCCGAGAGCUGCAUAUCCCCUCCCAGCAGGUGGCAUUCACCGUGACAGCGUGGGACCGCCAGACAGCGGAGCGGUGGGAUGCAGUGGUGCGGUUGCGGGUGGCCCAGACUGCGGCCCAGCACACAGGACACAAGAAAGGAAAGAAGAAUGCUAUCCUGGACCCAUCUCAGCCACCAAACGGCACACUGCUGCUGCCUUGGUCCCAGCAUCCAAACCCCCAUGGCCUGCGAAGGCAGAAACGGGACUGGGUCAUCCCACCCAUCAAUGUGCCAGAGAACUCACGCGGGCCCUUCCCCCAGCAGCUGGUGAGGAUCCGGUCAGACAAAGACAACGACAUCCCUAUCCGCUACAGCAUCACCGGUGUGGGUGCCGACCAGCCUCCCAUGGAGGUCUUCAGCAUCGACUCCAUGUCGGGUCGCAUGUCCGUUACGGGGCCCAUGGACCGGGAAGAGCGAGCCUCCUACCACCUCAGAGCACACGCAGUGGACAUGAACGGGAACAAGGUGGAGAACCCCAUCGACCUGUACAUUUAUGUCAUCGACAUGAACGACAACCGUCCCGAGUUCCUGAACCAGGUCUACAAUGGCUCUGUGGAUGAGGGCUCCAAGCCAGGCACCUACGUGAUGACAGUCACCGCCAAUGAUGCUGAUGACAGCACUACAGCCAACGGGAUGGUGCGGUACCGGAUUGUGACUCAGACCCCACAGAGCCCAUCACAGAACAUGUUCACCAUCAACAGCGAGACAGGCGACAUUGUGACCGUGGCAGCCGGCCUGGACCGAGAGAAAGUUCAGCAGUACACGGUCAUCGUACAGGCCACAGACAUGGAAGGGAACCUCAACUACGGCCUCUCCAACACAGCUACGGCCAUCAUCACCGUGACAGACGUGAAUGACAACCCGCCCGAGUUCACCACCAGCACGUAUGCAGGGGAAGUUCUUGAAAACCAGGUGGAGACAGUGGUCGCCAACCUCACCGUGAUGGAUCGAGACCAGCCCCACACACCAAACUGGAAUGCUGUCUACCGUAUCAUCAGUGGGGAUCCCUCUGGGCACUUCAGCAUCCGCACUGACCCCGUCACCAAUGAAGGCAUGGUCACGGUGGUGAAGACGGUCGAUUACGAGUUGAACAGAGCCUUCAUGCUGACCGUGAUGGUGGCUAACCAGGCACCACUGGCCAGCGGCAUCCAGAUGUCCUUCCAGUCCACGGCAGGGGUCACCAUUUCUGUCAUGGAUGUCAAUGAAGCACCCCACUUCCCAUCCAAUCACAAGCUGAUUCGUCUGGAGGAAGGCGUGCCCACAGGCACUGUGCUGACCACCUUUUCCGCGGUGGACCCCGAUCGCUUCAUGCAACAGGCAAUAAGAUACUCGAAGCUGUCCGACCCAGCCAACUGGCUGCACAUCAACUCCACCAACGGCCAGAUCACCACGGCGGCCGUCCUGGAUCGCGAAUCUGUCUACAUCAAAAACAACAUCUAUGAAGCUACCUUCCUGGCUGCUGACAAUGGGAUCCCCCCAGCCAGCGGCACCGGAACUCUGCAGACAUACCUCAUCGACAUCAACGACAAUGCCCCCGAGCUGCUGCCCAAGGAGGCCCAGAUCUGUGAGCGGCCAGGCCACAACGCCAUCAACAUCACAGCAGCCGACGCGGACAUCGACCCCAACAUCGGCCCUUACGUCUUUGAGUUGCCCUUCAUGCCAACUGCCGUGCGGAAGAACUGGACCAUCACCCGCCUGAACGGUGACUACGCCCAGCUCAGUCUGCGCAUCCUGUACCUGGAGGCAGGUGUGUACGAUGUGCCCAUAGUAGUCACAGACUCCGGGAAUCCCCCGCUGUCCAACAUGUCUGUCAUUAAGGUCAAGGUGUGUCCAUGUGACGAGAAUGGUGACUGCACCACUGUGGGUGCCGUGGCAGCAGCUGGCCUGGGCACCGGAGCCAUCGUGGCCAUUCUGGUGUGCAUUAUCAUCCUACUGACCAUGGUCCUGCUCUUCGUGGUGUGGAUGAAGCGCCGGGAGAAGGAGCGUCACACGAAGCAGCUGCUCAUCGACCCUGAGGACGAUGUUCGCGACAACAUCCUCAAGUACGACGAGGAAGGGGGCGGCGAGGAGGACCAGGACUACGACCUCAGCCAGCUCCAGCAGCCGGAAGCCAUGGAGCACGUGCUAAGCAAGGCUCCUGGGGUCCGGCGGGUGGAUGAGAGGCCAGUGGGAGCGGAGCCUCAGUACCCAGCCAGGCCCGUGGUGCCCCAUCCGGGGGACAUCGGCGACUUCAUCAAUGAGGGCCUUCGCGCAGCCGACAACGACCCCACAGCGCCCCCCUACGACUCCCUCCUGGUCUUCGACUACGAGGGCAGCGGCUCGACCGCGGGCUCCGUCAGCUCCCUGAACUCGUCCAGCUCCGGGGACCAAGACUACGAUUACCUGAACGACUGGGGGCCCAGAUUCAAGAAGCUGGCGGACAUGUACGGGGGCGGCGAGGAGGACUAG